AUGGGACUGUUUGGCAAAAAGAACCACAUGCCCGUCGAGGGCCGGACGGUCCUCGUCACUGGCGCCUCGGAGGGAAUGGGUCGCAGUGCCGCCGUGCAGCUAGCGGCCAAGGGCGCCAACGUCAUCAUUGUGUCGCGCAACGUUGGCCGCCUAGAGGAGGCUCUCGUCGAGGUCAAGGCGGCCGCAAAAUCCUCGCAGACGCAGCGGUUCCUCUACAUCUCGGCCGACGUCUCGGAGAAGGACUUUGCCGAGCGCGUGGUGGCCGAGGCCAUGGCGUGGAACGGCGGGGCGGCGCCCGACAUCGUGUGGUGCGUGGCGGGCAUGUCGACGCCCAUGCUGUGGGCCGACGACGGGGCCAUGGACGCGGCGCGGCGCAACAUGGACGUCAACUACUUUGGCGCGGCCGAGAUGUCGCGCGCCAUCCUACGCGUGUGGCUGGCGCCCGAGAACGCCGCCGCCAUUCCCAACGCCCAGCCCAAGCACAUCAUCUUCACGGCCUCGGUGCUCGCCCUGUUCGCCAUCGUCGGCUACGGCCCUUACUCGCCCUCCAAGUGGGCGCUACGCGGGCUCGCCGACACCCUCGCCAUGGAGCUGCAGCUGUACCCAGACCACCCCGUGCGCGUGCACGUCGUGUACCCGGCCACCAUCACCAGCCCCGGGUUCGACCGCGAGAACCUGACCAAGCCUGCCAUCACCGUCGAGCUCGAGAAGGCCGAGCCGCAGGAGACGCCCGACACGGUCGCCCGCCGCGCCAUCGACGGCCUCGAGGCCGGCCACUACUUCGUCACCAUGUCGUUCCUGGGCAACCUCAUGCGCUGCGGUAUCAUAGGCGCCUCGCCGCGCAACAACUGGUUCCUCGACACCCUCAUCGGCUGGUUCGUCCCCAUCAUCUACUUCUUUGUGCUCCGCGACUUUGACGGUCAGGUGCGCGGGUGGGCCAAGAAGCAUGGCCAUCCCAGCGCGCACGCCAAGAAGCCCUGA